AUGUCCUCGCACAGCUCAAGCUCCUCCCCGGACAUUCUUGGGCCCCCCGGCGAUAUCGAAUAUCUGGUUUCCUCUCCAAUCAAACCCUUCCUCGGUCGCCAGAGUUUCAUGUCGCCAGCAAACUUUCGCAUUCUCCAAACCCCGGGGGGAGGAAGGAGGAAACGGUCGCGUAUUAGUCUCAGUCCUGCGAAAAGUGGCCACUCGAUUCGCUUCGACGAUGUUUUGCUCCCGGGUUCUCCAGCAAUGAAACUAAAUCGCCGACCGGGCUCAAUUUCUCCGGACAAGGCGGGUGGUAAUGUUAGUCCUUGGAGAAUUCGCGUGACCCUCGAGGCAACACAGGACGACGACCAAGCGGAUCAAGACAGUCCAUCGCGUAAACGUUUUAAACCGUCGACAACGACCACAACAGUUCCAUUAAAAGAUGAACCGGAUCAAACCCCCAAACGGCCUAGAGGUCGACCAAGGAAGUCGGGCGCUUUCGAUGCGACCCCGAUUACAGCUAGCCCCGGCAACACCCCAGGUCCUGGUGGUACAAGUGAGCAGAAAAGGAGACGAGGCCGACCGAGGAAAUACCAACCCACCUCAGAUGUGGCAGAGGAUGGUGAGGAACAGGUGGAGGAACCGGCCAUGGACGAACCGGCCGUUGCUGGCAUGGAACCGGAAAGGAUGAGCUGGAGUCCCUUGAAUCUUGCUGGAGAUGGGGACUCUGAUGACGGGCUUCAGGACGACAUCGAUCUUCGGAGUUCGUUUCAGGACGGCGUUCUGACUGAGCUUCCAGAUCUCAACCACGCUGCUGAAGAACAACACUCUCACCCAGUAGAUUUUAGGCAAUCCUACGAUACCCCUAACGGUGACGCGAUAGACCGCUUCAAUUCCGAGCAAGAUGACGAUGAUGACUUGAAUUCAACUCCAUCGAAAAUGCCGUCUCCGACUCGAGAUACGCAGAUUCUUUCAUCUGAGAAUAAAUUACAUGCUGGCCGCACUCCUCGACCUGGACGCAUCUAUCCGGCCUCGACCUCACCAUCCUUGGUGGAUGAUAGGAGCAAGGAGCUGUACCAAUCUGUGGAUGCAGCACCAGUCAGUGUUCCCAAGUUAAGCGUGGUACAAACUACGAAGGAUCCUACAGAUGAACACAGAGAAUUUGAUUCAAUCAUGGAGAGUGAAGGUUUCAGCAUGGUGUCACUGGAUACCUUGCCAUCGUCCAGGCAACAUGGCCUGAGGAGAGAGUCGAAGGUUGCCAGCGGCGCUUUGAAGCCUUUUCUGGAGCGGGAAGCAAAUGGCGUUAUUAAUCGAAAGGCCAAUCUUUUGGAUCACCAACGUGAGGAUACUUUACCCCCGGAUGCGAAUAUCGACCUAGUAUCGUCACCUAAUAGGCAAGAUGCCGACUCUCAUUUUGAUUUCUCAUACCCGCCACUAGCCAGCAAGCCUACAACCACGAGAUCUUUGCGCUCCUCCCCCGUUUUUGUUCACCAAUCGCCCCCCGCUGCAGCACGAAACAAACCGUUUCUUCGUUUGGCUCGGAUUGUACGCACAGGUAUUGUGCUUGGAGGUAUUAUAAGAGGGUCAGGCGUAGGCGAAGCAUCCCCAAACUUCCAGGGAAUUUCGGGAGUGCACCACGGAUCUCCUGAUCUUGAUCAACCUAGGAGGCGUCUAGAGACGAUCUUUAGCGACUUGAAUUCCGACUCACAACGAGUUCUUCGAAUGGGUCUCGGAAUUGGACAGGAGAUUGCAAAACGACGGAGGUUAACAGAAACAAGGAAAUUAGCUUCUAUACGAGAAAGUUCACCCAGGCCGGUCCUCGAACAAACAAGCACGAACGUAUCCAGAACCCCACGUCUCGGACAUGACGGCACUGUCGAAUCUGAUUCGCCAAGUUCAGAAAUGAAACACCGUUUUGAGGAGUGGCAAAGAGAGAGAGAAGCAGUUAGUAGGGCCAUCCAAAUGGCAAAUUCGAGCCAAGUCAUUGUACUUGAUAGUGAAGCGAGUGGCCAGUCCAGCACUGGGAGUGUAGAAAACCCCUAUUACCGAAUUUCCCCAUCCUCGGGAAACCAGCACUCUCCCCAGAUGCCCGAGGAAGUAGAGGAGGGCGAGUUUGACUACAACCUUGACGAAGAAGAUGAUGGAUACGAAGACAUCUGGCAGGAGCAAGCUAAGGAUGAAGGAAACUACUCGGAUGACGGGUCGAAGGGUUAUGAUAUCCGGGAUGAUGUGCAACCGCCUGUGGACCUGAGCUCUCCCAAGGGGGGCUCGACCCCAGCACAUAAGGAGUAUGGCAGCAGUUUCUCCCCAGCGUACUGGGUAGACGGGCAAAACAAGGUACCUUUUUUGGGGCCUUCCCGAGUUCGGGAGCUACGAGACCAAGAUGUCGACCUCUCUGCUAUACUUCGCGCAGAAGAUACACCGAACCGUACUCGUUAUUAUUAUGGGAAGAGCAGCCCUGUUAAUGCUUUACACGAGUCCUCCCCGAAGAGGGUUCCAUCAUCUACUGUCUCCCAAGGGCGACAAGCUGCCGAGCAAUACGCCCUGGAUUUUGGACUUGAAUCGGAGGGUUAUUUGGAAUCCAGCCCUCGUAACGACUCAGAGGAUGAGAUGUUUCAAAUUGAUCCAACCACCCGGUACGAGCAUGAGAUGCAACGCCACCAGUCAAAUUCAGAAAUGGACGAGCACGAAAACAUUAGCUUGUCGGAUGCCGCUGCAGGAGAGGAAGCACCCGUCGACGGACCGUCACAAUUUACCCCCGAGCGUCCAGAACGCGCUAAUGGUGAUAAUCAAGCAUCAUCCUGGUACCAAAGGAUUACUAGUCUGACACCCGGAUGGCUAAAAGCGCCAGCUCGGAAGUCAAUCGAGCCGCUUGGCCCUUUAGAUGAGGACACUGAGGUUGAAGAAGAAGAAGAAGAAGAAGAAGAAGAAGAAGAAGAAGAAGAGAUCGUUGAGAGACCCGAUGUCAAGCUACUAGAAGUCGAUCAAGAAUUAUACCAGGAACUAGUGAAUGGACAUUCUCCGCAGAUGGAAGAAGUGAAGGGCAAGACACCGGAAAGACAAUCAUUCUCUCCUGUUCCCGCUUAUUUUUCGAACCAGCACUAUUCCUUGCUUCGUCGUCUCUAUCGGUUGGCCAAAAGAUCUCCCGAGAAAUUUCCUUACCACCCAACCGAUGCGCACUCUGACAUCAUAGGUGACUGGAUAUGGACAUCGGAUAAUACCUAUGGUGUUCCAGUCACUAAGCUUCAGUUUGCCAUUGUGCACAGGUUUAGGCGGGAACUGGCUGACGAGGAUUUGAGAGCGGGCGGGACGGGUCACGUCCGCUGGACAGAAGCUGACUUGCACCGAAGAUUGGUUAGCGUCAUUAUUGGCGAGCAAGUGAGGGCGGAAAGGAAAGAAAAAGUCACACUGGGAGGCCUUUCGAGCUCUCGAUACCCGAGAGAUCGGCCUGCCACCAGCUACACGCGGCGCCUAUGA